AUGAAGAUUUAUGUUCCGUCCGCGCCGCAAAAUCUCACAGCGAACAGUGUGACGAGCGAAGUUAUCCACCUCUCGUGGACCCCACCCUCCACGUUCACCCUGCACCUGCGCUCUACGACCGCGGGCGUCGACAGCAACCAGCCGAAGCUAGACCCCGACCUCGCAGUAAUCGAGAAGUCCAGACAGGACACACAAGCCGACGAGCCGAUAAAUGACGUCAUCGAACCGCACGCCACCCUCACCGAAGCGAACGGUCCAGACAAACCAAACUACUCCCCCUACAACUGGUACAAGAGCGACAAACAAAAGUACAAUGACGAAUACUCAACAUCGGACAUCCUCUUCGACGAAGCCUACAGGAGUAGAAGGGAGAGGCGCUCGCACCGUCACAGGAAGAGACGCCAGGACAACAACGCUACCGACCCGAGGAUCCUACACCUCGAGAAGGUUCCAGAAGAAACGCACGAAGCGUUCCAGCUGCCGAUAGAGGUCGUCAAGAAGGCACCCUCCACCGUUCCCCACAAGGAUUUCACUCAGAUCGCGUACGUCCUGUACUACGAGCAGGGCGUGCCGAAAUACAAUGCGGCCUCGGUGGUCGGAGUCCAAACGUCACCAGACGUGAAGAGGAACAACGUGUUCCCCAGCGACCUGGGGAUGGAGAACUACUCGAAGGCGACGAGGAACCUCACGCUCUUGAAUAAUUCCGGUGUGCUGACGAAAGCGGUCGGCUUCCGUCUGAGGGACUUAAAGCCGUUCUCACCGUACAAAAUUUGGGUGCGCGCCUUCUACAAGUUCUCACUCAGCGGCGUGAGCUCUUCGGACCUCUUGGAGCGACUCGGUCCAAAGUCGGAGCCCCUCUACGUGUUGACGGACGUGCGUCCGCCGUCCGCGCCCAUAAUACUCAACCUCACAUGCGAUCAGCCGAACGGCAUGCUCUAUCUGCAGUGGCGCCAACCUUUGGAGUACAACAACUCGUUGGACCAGUACGUGGUGACCCUUAGGAAGAUACCGGAACAGCAGCCGCGCACCAGGAUGACCAUUCCAACAAACAAGACUGACAUUGACACCGCAAUAAGUGUGCCCGUCGAGCUAUGGAACGUUACGCGGUAUGAGGUCAAGAUAUACGCCGUUACUCUCUCGGUAGCGAAUUCAGACAAACUCAUCAACGGCUCGGAGUCCCCGCCAGAGGAGGUGUCGAGCGAGGCGUGCAUCGCGUACUCGGCGGCGAUGUCGCCGGGCGAGCGGGCGGGCGGCGCGCGCGUCGGCACGGCCGCCCUGCUCGCCGUCUCGCUGCUCGCGCUGCUGGCGGCCGUCGGCGCCGCCGUGCUCUACUGGAGAUGCAGAUCCCGCCUAAGCAAAUGUAUCAGCGCAGCCUACAACUACUUGGAAGAGGGCGGCGAGAGAGCGGCUAGGGCCCCACUGAACGUUUACAAGAAACCGGUUUGCUCGCCGCUGCGGGGCGGCGGUGGCGGCGCCGGCGGGGCGUGCGCCGUGGGGGGCGCGGGGGCUGAGGAGGCGGAGGCGGCGAGGCCGCCGCGGAUGGCAGGCGCGGCCCGGCCGCCGCUGAGGGCGCGCGCGUUCGUCCGCCACGUGGCGGCGCUGCACGCGGACGGCGACAUCGGCUUCAGCAAAGAGUACGAAAUCGUCGUGGCGAAGUCGGCAGCUCUUGGGCACACGAGCCAUCACAGCUAUCGCCCCGAGAACAGAUUGAAGAAUCGCUACCUCAACAUCACAGCAUACGACCACUCGCGUGUGUGCGUGUCUGCGGGCGCGCGGUGCGGUGCGGCGGGCUGCGUGGGCGCGGGCCGCGGCGCCGCCUGCGACUACGUCAACGCGAACUUCAUCGACGGCAUGCUGCCGGCGCUGGACGCGCGCGCCGAGCGCCGCCUCGAGCGGCGGCUGCAGCGACGCGCGUGCCCGCACAGGCAGCCGUCGGUAAAGCAGUCGAAGCCUCCCCCCAACCUCGCCGAGGGCAUCGAGUCCGCGUUCCUGAACAUCGAGUUCUCCGGCAUCGUGGAGUCGGAGGAGCAGCCCGAGGACUCGGACAGCGGGCGCAGCGACGAGGACAGCGAGCUGGACGACGUUUACGUGGACAUCAACGGUGCGCCGCGCCGCGUGAAGCUGGAGUGGCUGGUCUGGCGGCGGCGCUACAUCGCCACGCAGGGCCCCACGCCGGCGACCCUGGACGCCUUCUGGCGGAUGAUCUGGCAGCACCGGGUGCACACCGUCGUCAUGAUCACCAACCUGGUGGAGCGGGGCAGGCGCAAGUGCGACAUGUACUGGCCGGCGGGCGGGCGCGGCAGCUCGGCCGAGUUCGGGGGCGUGCACGUGACCCUGCUGCACGAGGACGUGCGCGCCGCGUACACGGUGCGGCGGCUGCGCGUGCGCGUCGUGCACAAGGGCUGCGAGGGCGGCGACGCUUCCGAGCCGGCGGACGGCGGGCGCAUCGUGCUCCAGUACCACUACACGGUGUGGCCCGACCACGGCACGCCGCGGCACCCGCUCGCCGUGCUGCCCUUCGUCAAGGCCGCCUCCGCCGACCCCGGCACCGUGCUCGUGCACUGCAGCGCCGGCGUGGGCCGCACGGGCACCUACAUAGUUCUAGACGCGCAACUGAACCAGCUCAAGUUGACCGGCACGCUGUCGCCCCUGGGCUUCCUGUGCCGCGCGCGCACCCAGAGGAACCACCUGGUGCAGACCGAGGAGCAGUACGUGUUCGUGCACGACGCGCUGCUAGAGCACGUGCGCUCUGGCAACACCGAAGUGGAGUUCGCCAGGGCGCGCGACUACCUGGCCAAGCUGCUGGAGGACAUAUCCGAGGAGGAGCUCGCCGUGAUGGACCUCAACCCGCCGCGCCCGAGGAGCGCCGUCGAGCCCAACGGCGAGACGUCCAGCGUCAAGUCCACCCCGAACGCGACAGAGAGGGACGACGUGUGCGAGAACGGCAGCCAGCUGUCGAUCAAGACCGACGAGCUGAAUAGCGAGCUGAGCAGGUCCUCCGGCCGUGAGCCGGACAGCCAGCAGGAGGAGCAGAGCGCCGGCCUGGUGAACGGGAACGACUCGGAGGGCGUCUACGACCUGGCGCCCCGCUCGACGGACACCUACAGCAGGAAGAUGGCCGCCUACAACAGCAUGAACGAACAGGAGAAGGAGGAGAUGAGGAGGGCUAAUCGAGCAGAGAACUAUGCCUUAUUGGAGCGAAUGCGAUCGCUUGCCAAUCGAAACAACGUGUACCAGGGUCCGCCCCCAGUGAACUUGCUAGAGAAACAAUUUCAGUUGAUAACGCGCUCGUGCGUGGAGCCGAGCGUGUGCGCACGCGCGCCUCACAACGCGGAGAAGAACCGGCCGGGAGGCGCGCUGCCCUCCGACUCGGCGAGGGUCAUGCUGGUGCCCAAGCCGGGGGUCGAGGGCAGCGAGUACGUGAACGCGUCGUGGGUUUGCGGCUGGCGGCGGAUGCGCGAGUUCGCCGUGGCGCAGCACCCGGGCGGCGCGGCGGAGCUAUGGCGGCUGCUCUGGGACCACACGGCGCAGCUGGUGCUGCUGCUGCACGAGCCCCACGACCCGGAAUGCGACGUAUUCUGGCCCACGGAGGACGAGAGGGAGCUGUUCGUGGCGAACUUCCGGGCCAGCUUCGUCUCGAAGGACGUGUACAUCGCGCACCGCAAGAGCGAGCGGAGAGCGCCGCCAAGGAGCCCAGUCGACGCCGAGCUCAACGGCUACCGGCGGCAGGAGAGCGAAUGCGCUGACGACGAGAGAUUGAUCCCGGAGCACCCCUCCCCGGCCGCCGAGGCCGAGCCCGCGUACCGCUUCGACAGAACAGAGCUGAGGCUGGAGCGGCUCAGCGCCGGCAGCAGGGACCUGUCCGCCCGCAAGUCGAUCGCGAACGGGGACCUGUUCUCGUCCCUGUCCGAGAGGAAGGGCGGCCCGAAGUCCCCAAAGAGCCCGUCGAAGAUGUCGCUGAAGAACUUCAAGCUCAGCUCGCCGACCAAGUUCAAGUUUCCCGAGUGGGGCACGAGGAGCGCCGGCUCGCCGCCCGACACGGCCCCUCCCCCGCCGCCCGUCGAGCCCGCCCUCUCCGUGGAAGAGGAGGCGGAGCUGCGCAGACCAUGCUACUUCUUCGAGAAGGUCAAGGAGGUCCCCGAACACACGCCAACCGAUAGGGUAAUAGAGGUGACGAACGUGAGCGUGCAUUCGCUGCAAGACGACUACCAGCUGAGUGUUAAGUUUAUAAAGUGCAGCCGGUGGCUGAGCGGCGAGACGACGGCGUACGCGCCCGGCAAGCCGGACGAUAACGAGUUCGUUAGAGCGGUGCGGCAAACGUGCGGGAGCGAGAGGGAGCAGGCGCUGGACAGGCUCAUAGAGCCGUAUAAGGACUCUUUUGCCCUGAUAGAGUUUGUGGCCGGCUGUCAGAUGGAGUACAAGAAUGGACCAGUUGUCGUUGUUGAUAAAUACGGCGGCUGGAAGGCGCUGAGCUUCUGCGCCCUGAGCGCGGCGUGCGGCGGCCUCGGCGCGGAGGCGGCUGAGCUCUACUGCAGCUGGGCGCUAUCUGCGCACGCGAGAUGCGCCGACCCGCCCCCCUCCCCGCGGCCGCCCCACUCGCCGCAGUCGCCCGUGCCGCCCUCCCCCUCCGGACCCCUGCCCGCCGCCCCUCCGCCGCCCGCGCCCCACUCCCCCCACUCGCCGGCCGCCCUCCUCGCCACGUACUGCGCGCUCGCCGCGUACGGGCCAAUGAUCGCCGCGCGCAACAGC